AUGUCUGACCUACCCAAGGUUCGUUGGGGUAUCAUUGCUACCGGCCUGAUCUCAUCGUGGUUUGUGGAGGAUCUGGUUUUCGACUGGCCAGAAAAGAAAGUUGAGCAUGUUGUCCAAGCAAUUGGCAGUUCCAAUCUUGAAAAAGGCCAAGCAUUUGCGAAAAAACACUGCCCGAAACAAAGCCCAAGCGUCUAUAGCUCUUAUGAAGAGGUCUAUCGCGAUGCAGACGUUGAUAUUGUUUAUAUAGGAACCCCACAUGGGGUUCAUUAUCGGGAUUGCAUGGCGGCGAUUUCCGCAGGGAAGAAUAUCCUGUGCGAAAAAGCUUUCACACUGAAUGCCAAACAAUCGCAGGAGGUAUUCAAUGCCGCUCGUGAGAAGAAUGUAUAUGUGGCAGAAGCAAUGUGGCUCCGACACCGACCGCUUUUCACCGAACUUCGGCGCUUGCUCCAUGAAGAGAAGAUCAUUGGUGAUGUGUUCCGGGUGUUCGCGGAUUUUGCGUUGGGUAUUGAUGUUGCCACACGUCCGUCCACAUCCCGAUAUCGCGACCUGAAUUUGGGAGCGGGGUCAUUGCUAGAUAUCGGAGUGUAUUCGCUUACUUGGACGAGAAUGGCACUGACUGGAAAUGGGUCUGAUCAGUCAGAGAAGCCGCGGAUUGUGGCCGCGCAGAGCCAUGAAGCAGGAAUUGAAGAGACAACCAGUGCCAUCUUGCAGUAUCCCUCGACUGGAAGGCAGGGUAUCGUUACUUCAACCACCAAAGCCCCCGGAAGUCCCGGUCAAGUCUUUGCGGUUAUACACGGGACCAAUGGGUACGUCGAGGUCGAGGGUAGGAUGCCAUCUGCGCCGGAAUCCUUUACUGUGUGGAAGAGGCCUCAAGGGAAUCCCGACCAUGCGCUUUUCCCGAGGGAACAGUGUCAAGGGAAGAAAUACGACUUUCCGCCCCUGGGGCGUGGCUUUGUCUAUGAGGCUGAACAUACGGCACUUGAUAUCCUCGAAGGCCGGAAAGAGAGCAGGACUAUGCCGUGGGCGGAGACAAUUUAUAUGAUGGAGAUCAUGGACGAGAUACGACGACAGGGUAACACAGUCUAUCCUGGAGAGUGA